AAAACACUUGCAUGUUCUCGAUAACAACCCUAUCUUGCCUGCAUUUAAUGCCCUUCCAUUCCCACUGCACUACUUAUAGGAACCCAAACCCUGAUCAAACUCACAACUCACCAUACAUCUGCAGAGAUACAUCUGGUCUUGCAGUAGCUAGAAUACUAUAUCUGAGAAUCAUAUUUCUGGCUUACCAUGUCGAAACUUGUUUUUGUUCUUCUAGUUUUCCUUGUUUCUCUGCAUGCAUGCAAUUCUCGCGGCCUAAGCUUAUCUGCAGACAGGAAAACUGACAGUAUAUUUCACACGAUUGGCAAGGAUGUACAUAGCAGAAAACUCAGAAGUUUAUUCAUAAACUCAGAGCCAACAGUAGUCCAGACAGAAGAACACAUCAGUACUAGUACUACUGGAACAGAUGAAUUCGAAGAUGAAGUGAUGGGAAAGGACUCAGCGGCAGAUUCCUUGAAGAAAGAAGGGAAGAAAGGAGGAAAGGUUGCACUAUCAUAUUUGGAAGAGACGGCCCAGAUAGAGAAAUGGAGGCAAGCAAGAUCAACACUAGAAUCUUCUCCGAAUGAGGUCAAAGAAACUGCAAAAUCAGAAGAUGACGAAACCAUGGACGACGUGGUAUCUAUGGAUUAUGCUAAACCCCAUCGCAAACCACCUAUCCACAACAAAAAACUAUAGAUCUCAUGCAUAUACAAAGCAGUUAUGGGCAGUCUGAGCCAAACUGCAGAUACCAAUUAUUCACAUAUAAAACACUAAAUCCACACAAUUGCAAACAAUCACCAUCUUACUUUUUCGUUGUGUAAAAAUAUGUCAACACAGUUAUAUAUCGUUACAAAAUAUUAUAUAUGCUUUUACUCUAACAAAACAAUAUAUAUGUACAAGUAUAUACCUUCAAUAUCAAAGGAAAUACAGAAGUAACUUUUGAAUUUUGCAGCAAGGCUAUAUCUAUGGCUUUGAAUAUAUGUUGGAAUUUUCAGUGGAAGAGAAAUCUAGCAGUAGUAAUACAAUUGUAAAGCUGACAGGAAUAUUGUGGAGAUGGUCCCAUGUAAUGUCUGCUAUCUUUGUAUUUAAUAUGAUAUGAAUGAAUAAAAGUUUAAACGAAAUGGAUGUCUUGUCGUUUCUUCUUCUGCUUGGACAUGAUGUAAAGGUGUUGGUUGAUUGGUAUUAAAUGGAGACAGUUAUACUAAAGUCUUC